UUGUCAUAUGAUAGCUAAGAAGUGGCACAUUAAUGAAGCGCCGCUACAGGGGUCUUUUCUGCUUCUGUCACCGCUUAAAACUAUCAGAUGGUUCGAGGGAGGACAUGGAGGCAGCCACCUAGCUCAGCGGAGCCGCGAAGCCACAGCAGCGCCCUCCGGAGCCCCCUAAGGUCUCUGCUGCCGACCAGCGCGCCUGGACUCUGAGCUUGGCAGCUGGUGGGACGCACAGCCAGGAGCGCCGCGGAGGCCGCAGCGCGGGGCGCUGCGGGCCUCAGCUCCGGCGUCCAGGUUCGCGCGCAGUCCAGCCGAAGCCCGACACUGCUCCCCAGCUGCGCUUACGGAGGGGGAGCGUGGUGUGCAGCGGCGCCAUCCCGGAUGCGGACGAAUAACUUGGAGCAACUUUAAGAUCAGAGCAUUCCGCCGGCCGGCGCCGAUUCAGAGCCAGAAGGGGACCAGCAAGAAGAUGCCUCGGCCGGGCCGAAACACGUACAGCGACCAGAAGCCACCCUACUCGUACAUCUCUCUGACCGCCAUGGCCAUUCAGAGCUCACCCGAAAAGAUGCUGCCACUGAGCGAGAUCUACAAGUUCAUCAUGGAUCGCUUCCCCUACUACCGAGAGAACACGCAGCGCUGGCAGAACAGCCUGCGCCACAACCUCUCCUUCAACGACUGCUUCAUCAAGAUCCCGCGGCGACCUGACCAGCCCGGCAAGGGCAGCUUCUGGGCGCUGCACCCCAGCUGCGGGGACAUGUUCGAGAACGGUAGCUUCCUGAGGCGUCGAAAGCGCUUCAAGGUGCUCAAGUCCGACCACCUAGCCCCCAGUAAGCCGGCCGACGCCGCGCAGUACCUGCAGCAGCAGGCCAAGUUGCGGCUCAGUGCACUGGCCGCUUCUGGCACGCACCUGCCCCAGAUGCCAGCCGCCGCCUACAAUCUGGGCGGCGUGGCGCAGCCCUCCGGCUUCAAGCACCCCUUCGCCAUCGAGAACAUCAUCGCGAGGGAAUACAAGAUGCCCGGGGGCUUGGCUUUCUCCGCCAUGCAGCCAGUGCCUGCUGCUUACCCGCUCCCCAACCAGUUGACUACCAUGGGCAGCUCGCUGGGCACCGGCUGGCCACACGUGUACGGCUCUGCGGGCAUGAUCGAUUCGGCCACCCCCAUCUCCAUGGCUAGCGGCGACUACAGCGCCUACGGAGUGCCGCUGAAGCCACUGUGCCAUGCGGCAGGCCAGACACUGCCCGCCAUCCCGGUGCCCAUCAAGCCUACGCCGGCCGCCGUACCCGCGCUGCCCGCACUGCCCGCGCCCAUCCCCGCCUUGCUAUCAAACUCGCCGCCCUCGCUCAGCCCCACGUCCUCGCAAACAGCAACCAGCCAAAGCAGCCCCGCCACGCCCAGCGAAACGCUCACAAGCCCGGCCUCCACCCUGCACUCGGUGGCGGUGCACUGACCCGCAGGCGCUGCCUCGCGCACACCUC